AUGACUGAAAAUGACAACGUUAAAAAACAAAUGUUGUCACAGUUGACUUUAUCGCAACUUCAGAAAAUUACAGAAGAAUUAUCUGCAAUCAAACUGUUUGAAGCAACCCCAUGCAAAAGUUAUAAGACGAAAAUGCUAAUUGACGAGUCAAUCGGUGAUGAAACAAAAGCUCCGAAACAGUGCCGCAAUUGUGUGAAGCAAUGUACUUUGGAUGCUGUCAAGAAAUCGGUCGACAAAUUGUGUGAGACACUCAAUGAACCGAAUGACGAUAAAAAUACUAUUAAUAAACAAGGGCUGUCUCGCUUGAGCACCAAAGACCUGACUACUUUUGUCUCAUUAUGCAUGGAUAAACUACGUCAGUGA